AAAAUGGGUUAGGUCAAGAAACUGGAUUCUUGAUCAUCAUCAUCGAUCAUUCUUGGAAAAGUAGUUAAGUACACACAAGAAGAAGAGCAAGACUGUAGUUGAGUUGGAUUUGUUUCUUGUUUCUUGUUUUUGAUUAUAUGGAGCAAAAUCAGAAGAGGAAAUCAUUAGUAGGUUUUGGUGAAUUCAAAUGGGUGAUGCUUUGAUUUUUGGGUGGUUCAAUUUGCACCAGCAAUGUAAAUGUAAAUGGCUGAUGAUAUUAUGCAGCAGAGGCUUAGUCUCCUCCAAAGAGACAUUGAACAGGCAAUUACAGCCCUUAAGAGAGGGGCACACUUGCUGAAGUAUGGGAGGAGAGGGAGGCCUAAGUUUUGCCCUUUUCGAAUUUCUUCGGACGAGUCGACAUUGAUAUGGUUCGAUGGAAGAGUAGAGAAGCUACUAGAACUUUCUUGCGUCUCCAAGUUAAUCCCCGGGCAGAGGACUGCGACGUUCAAGAGGUACCCUCGACCGGAGAAGGAAUACCAAUCAUUUUCGCUUAUAUGCGACAAUAGAUCCUUGGACUUGAUUUGCAAGGACAAGGAUGAAGCCGAGGUUUGGUUCACGGGUUUAAAAGCGCUAAUCGCUCGAAAUAGCGGUAAGAAGCAAAGAAAUGAGUCGAAGAGCAAACAAGCAUCAUCCCCGGGUGGCCAUCUCGGCGGUGUUCGAAGGAUUCCGUCAUCAAUGUCAUUUUUUUCUCCCGAUCGCGGGGACUCCCUAGGAUCCGAGAAUAGUCUCCGGAGCCGAUUGGGCAAAGUGUUCGCCGAGGUUGUGUCGCUUACGGCACCCGCAAAGAAUGCUCAACUCUCCGAGUUGAUUCCUUCUCUUACCUCUGUCGAGAGCUCGAGCAUCCAAGCGUCCGGAGCCGAGGGGUCUAGGGUUAGCCAUUUUAGCGCGAUGAGUUCAUCAAGCCAAAGUUCAUGCAUCGAGAAUUUGGACAACUUAGGCGACGUCUACAUAUGGGGGGAACGGAUGGGAGACGGGACGAUGGUCGGAGGUCCGGUUACGGUAGAUCGAUCGCCGAACGCAAAAGCUACCAACGCGCUAUUGCCGAAGCUUAUGGAGUCGACCAUGGUGCUCGACGUACAAACGAUUGUGUGCGGUUGGAGGCACGCGGUUUUGGUAUCGAAGCAAGGGGAGUUGUUUAGCUGGGGCGACGAGGGCGGCGGGAGACUCGGGCACGGGAUCGUAGCCGACGCUCCGCAACCGAAGCUCGUCGAAGCUCUCAACGGGAAGACUAUCGAGGCUGUAGCAUGCGGCGCGUAUCACACGUGUGCCGUGACGACCUCCGGCGAGGCAUACACUUGGGGCGGCGGAGGGUCACUUAACUGCGGUUUGAUCGGGCAUCGGAGCGAUGCGAGCCAUUGGAUUCCGCAACGGGUUUGUGGCCCGAUCGAGGGGUUACAUGUGUCGUUUGUCGCGUGCGGGCCGUGGCACACGGCGUUUUUGACAUCGACCGGCCGGUUGUUCACAUUCGGAGAUGGAACGUUCGGCGUGCUCGGACAUGGAGAUCGUUGUUGCACGAGCGUACCACGGGAAGUGGAAGCUUUGCAAGGAUAUAGAUCGACUCGCGUCGCCUGUGGCACGUGGCACACGGCGGCGUUGGUCGAAAUCCCCCACGGAUCAUCAAGUCCCGGCAAUCCGAAGCAGACGCUAGCCGGGAAAGUGUUCACGUGGGGCGAUGGGGAUAAAGGGCGACUCGGGCACGGCAGCUAUGAAAGCAAACUAUCACCCGAGUGCGUUUCCGCGUUGAUCGAUGUCGACUUCUCCCGUGUAGACUGCGGCGACAACUUCACUGUCGCCGUGACUACAACGGGACAAGUCUAUACCAUGGGAAGCACAUGCUCGAAGUCGUCCGAUGGAAAGUUUCAAGUUCCAUUGUGCAUCGACGGUAACAUCGCGGAUGUGUUCGCAGAAGAAAUCUCCUGUGGUUCGCAUCAUGUCGCAAUUUUGACAUCGAAAGGCGAAGUUUACACAUGGGGCAAGGGCACACACGGGCAACUCGGCCACGGCGACUAUGAUGAUCGGUCCACGCCCACACCCGUUGCCUUCUUUAAGGACAAACAGGUAAAGAGCAUUGCCUGCGGCUCGAAUUUCAUGGCCGCCGUAUGUGUUCAUAAAGGGAUAUCCAGCACAGACAACUCUGUCUGCUCGGGAUGUCAUAGCCCUUUCACGUUCCUACGGAAGCGCCACAAUUGUUACAACUGCGGGCUCGUUUUCUGCAAUUCAUGCAGCUCAAGGAAAUCUGUAAAAGCAUCGUUAGCACCGAGCAGGAGUAAAGCGUACCGUGUCUGUGAUGACUGCUUCACCAAACUACAGAGGUCGGCAGAUGCAGCUUCUCUUCCCCGGAUUCCGUCUGUUAAAAGUGAAGGCUUGAUUUCGAGGUCUCCCGAAGAAAGGGAGAACGGAAGCAUAUCCGGGAUUAUCUCCAGGCUGUCAUCCGCCGAGUCUUUCAAGUCGGAUAAAAGCUCCAUAUUCAGCAUGAAGUUUGAUUCGAAUGAACACCAAAUCUUUCCCCUGCAAGAUGGAUGCACUCAUAGGCGAAGCACGUCUUCACUGUCUCCAGGCAGUCCGUCGGGAUCUUUGCAGAAUUCUCAUCCCACCUCCAAGAGCGUUUCUCUGUCACCAUCUCCGGUGCCGGGGAAGAGCCCUUGGAGGUCUACGGCAGCCUCACCGGCUUCACCAUCAGUCCAACUUUUCUCAUCAGAAAAUGUUCUUCCACUUGUCCUUCCCGAUGCUAAAAGCUUAUCCCGGUCGUUAUCUCCAGUGCCCAGGAAGAGCCCAUGGAGGUCUGCAACAUUGUCUCCAUCUUCUCUUCCAUUCUUUGCAUCAGAACCAACCAUUGAUGAGUUGAAGAACAGCAACUACAACCUAAGCCUCGAAGUCAAAAGCUUGAGGGCACAGGUAGAAAAACUUACAAGCAAAUCCCGUCAUCUUGAGACUGAACUGGAAAGAAAGUUCGAGCAGCUGAAGGCAGCAACAUCACAGGCAGCUGAGGAAGCUGAAAAAAACAAAGCUGCAAAAGAAGUGAUCAAGUCUCUGGGUACUCAGCUGAAGGAGAUGGCAGAAAGAAUGCCAUAUGAACAACUUACAAGCAGCGAUAUGGAUGUGAACGAGAGAAUGAUAACAAAUAGCUAUCCAUCUAAUAGGUACAAUGCAACAGGCACAUCCUCUCCCAACAGUGUGUCUAGUGACUCCUCGACUACUUCGUCAUUAUCUAAUGGAACAAGGGCUCAAGCACACAAAUCAGAACAGACUCUACAGGACGAGCCUGGAGUGUAUGUCACUAUUGUCACAUUAUCAAAUGGUGUCAACGAACUACAACGAAUUCGUUUCAGUAAGAAACUUUUUACUGAGUCUGAAGCAGAGGAAUGGUGGACUGAAAAUGGGGCAAAGAUAUGUCAGCGACACAACGUCAAGCUGCAUGAUAGUGAUUCAUGAUGGCAACUUAUUCUUGGGGAUUUUUUCUCCCUUUUAGUGUAGCUGUACAUUCUUUCACGGUAUAGCCUUGUAUCCUAGACUUUGGUGUCUGUCUCAAUGUUGGGCAGCUGAUAACUGUUUCUCCAUUUCAAUUUCAAUGUCUGUGCAUAGUGAGAACUGAUAACUUUCUAGUAUAGCUCUAACGCUCGGGGAAUAGAAAUGAUAAUUCAUCGAAGUAGUGCAUUUCCUUAUUAUGCUGAUGUCCUUAUGAA